UUCCUGCAGGCUGGUUGAGAGGGACCGGCCGCCCUUAAAGCAAGAUGUACGGAAGGGGAGACAAAUUAUCUGAGUUGAGCUGAUCAGCAUGCUGUGGACGUGGCUGGGAGAGUGAAUUUUAGUUCUUUUUUCAGGGAAGAGCGAAUGUCGCAGGCGUUUACCGUGGGGAAGUGAGUGACAGGAUGGAGGGUUCGGCUGGACCAGGUGUCAGGACAAACGGACCCGUUGCUGCGCCCAGCGUUCCGGUGAGCUCUACCAUAGGCCCACCUCUGUCCCCAGAAGAGCUGGACGAAGAGCCACAAUCAUCUCUGACAGAUGUCACCCAAAUGUGGAUGAAAUUCGGCAAGACGUUCGCUAUCAUCUUCCCGAUCUACGUCUUGGGAUACUUUGGGUUUAGCUUUAGUUGGGUUCUGAUUGGACUCGCGGUUUUGUUCUAUUGGAGGAAAAACCAUGGCAGUAAGGACUACAGGAUAAACCGUGCCUUAUCAUUCCUGGAGCAUGAAGAGAAAGCAGUGAGGCAAAGUGUGCCUACUUCAGAGCUACCACCAUGGGUCCAUUAUCCAGAUGUGGAGAGAGUGGAGUGGCUGAAUAAGACGGUGAAGCAGAUGUGGCCGUUUAUCUGCCAGUUUGUGGACAAGCUGUUCCGAGAGACCAUCGAGCCGGCUGUGAAGGGUGCUAACCCUCAUCUCAGCUCUUUCUGCUUCACCAAGAUCGACAUGGGCGACAAGCCACUGAGAGUGAACGGGGUCAAAGUUUACACAGAGAAUGUGGACAAGAGGCAGGUCAUUAUGGACAUGGAGAUCAGUUUUGUCGGGAAUACAGAGAUUGAUGUGGACAUCAAGAAAUACUAUUGCAGAGCUGGAAUUAAAAGUAUACAGCUUCAUGGAACGAUGAGAGUGGUGAUGGAGCCUCUGCUGGGGGCCAUGCCUUUGAUCGGAGCCCUGUCCGUCUUUUUCCUCAAGAAACCAUUGCUGGACAUCAAUUGGACGGGACUCACAAACAUGCUGGAUAUUCCUGGUGUCAAUGGUUUGUGUGAUAACAUCAUCCAGGACAUCAUCUACAGCUUUGUGGUCCUGCCCAACCGCAUCACCAUCCCUCUGGUGGGAGAGGCCGAGCUGGCCCAGCUACGCUUCCCUGUGCCCAAGGGCGUCCUUAGGAUCCACUUCAUCGAGGCUCAGGACCUGAUCGGUAAAGACAGGUUCCUAGGAGGGCUGAUCAAAGGCAAGUCAGACCCGUAUGGAGUCAUCCGGGUUGGGACCCAACUCUUCAAGAGCAAAGUCAUCAACGAUACCGUCAACCCAAAAUGGAAUGAAGUGUACGAGGCCUUGAUGUACGAUCACUCAGGACAGAAUCUGGAUAUUGAGCUGUUUGAUGAAGACACUGAUAAAGAUGACUUUCUGGGAAGUCUGAUGAUCGACAUGGCCGAGCUCAAGAAGGAACAAAAAGUUGAUGAGUGGUUUGUGAUGGAAGAAGUGGCGACAGGGAAGCUGCACCUCAAACUGGAGUGGUUAUCUCUGCUGUCCACACCUGAGAAGCUGGACCAGGCACUGAUGAGCAUCAAAGCCGAUCGUGGUCAAGCCAACGACGGCCUGUCGUCUGCGGUGCUUGUUGUCUUCCUGGAUUCAGCCAGAAACCUGCCGUCUGGUAAAAAAGUGACCAGCGUUCCAAGUCCGUUUGUACAGUUCACAGUGGGACACAAGUCCUACGAGAGCAAGACUAGAUAUAAGACCAAUGAACCUGUGUGGGAGGAAGCAUUUACCUUCCUCAUCCACAACCCCAAAAGCCAAGAAUUGGAGGUUGAGGUAUGGAGCUCAUCCCAUGCUUUUGUACCCUUUUUUGUGUUUUUAGUAUGUAGAUUGCCUCAUGUUAGUGCCUCUGGGAGCAUACUUCCUUUGAGCCUUGCUGACAAAGACAUGACGCUGACCCAGCGCUUCCCUCUAAAGAACUCCGGACCGAGCUGCACCCUGAAGAUGAAGAUGGCUCUGCGGGUGCUGUGCUUGGAUAAGAACACUUCCUCAUCCUCAGACUCCACCCCGUCCUCCCUACAGGUCCACAAGAACAGCUCCUCCAACCAAACCCCACGGCCCUCUGUCUCCUCUGACCCUGUGCCUUCCUCCUCCACAUCCGACACCCCCCGUUCUUCCUCAGUGUCGGCCCAGGACCUGCUCAACCGGCGGAGGGAGGCCGACGAUCCCUUUAGGUCUCCGGGAAGCACGGACUUGGGGCAGGGUGGAGGAAGAGGAGGAGGUCGGGGCCUGGCAGAGACCGGAAGGAGCACCUCCAACCUGGCUAUCUCUGGGUCCCAACAGUACCUGGUUGGAGGCAAAGAGCCAACGCCCAGCAUUGCCUCAGACAUCUCCAACCCCUUCGCUGCUCAGGAGCUGCAGCAGAGACUCCAGCAGCUGCAAAAUGGUUCGGGCCCGAGUCAUUCCCAGCUGGGUGAGAUUCAGCUGACAGUCAGACACAGCUCCCAGAGGAACAAACUCAUCGUGGUCGUUCACGGCUGCAGAAACCUGAUAGCGUUCACUGAUCACGGCUCAGAUCCUUACGUCCGCCUCUACCUGCUUCCUGACAAACGGAGGUCGGGCAGGAGGAAAACUCACACAAUCAAGAAAACCCUCAACCCAGUAUACGAUCAGACGUUUGAUUUCAGUGUUUCCCUCGUGGAGCUCCACAGGCGGACUCUAGAUGUUGCAGUGAAGAAUGGUGGAGGUCUGCUCUCCAAACACAAAGGCCUUCUGGGAAAGGUUCUGGUGGAUUUGACCCAUGAGGACAGCGCUAAGGGUUGGACACAAUGGUAUGAGCUGAGUGAAGAUGGCCUGACGAAGCCUCACCAACUAUAGACGGCAGCCAUCAUCAUCAUCGUCAUUACUACCAUCAUAUCGCCACAUUUAAGUUUACAGUAUGGCUUUUAUUUUUUCUUUAUUCUAUGUGUACAAAAAUAAAUAAAACAGCAGCUUUUGAUAUUCAUUUAAUCACAUCAGUCGCAAGGCAAACCUCCCCUUUAAGAAGUUAAAGGCUGAUAGACUAAAGGGAGUUUAGGACAUGUAAAAUACUAUAUGUUACAUAAUGUACUGCUGUGUAAGUCUAUAUUUCAUAUUAAGGAUAAACUAUAGCAUCUGUAGAGGAAGACAAUCUAUUUUUUUGCUGUUGCAGCAGUUUCCUGCAUAAAGAACAACCAUGUACAACUUUGUAAAUAUAAAGGAUGAUGCUGGCCGAAACAGACGGCGCCUUCUAGAGAUAAGUGAGAGGAGAAAACGAUUUUGUCAUUUUAUUUUAUAUUAAUUUAAAUUUUUUUUUUAAAUGAAAAACAUUCUGUACGGAGAUUGUGAAGCAGAACAGGCAGGCGGUCCUGAGAAAGACUGAGUAUUUAACAUUUCACCCUCGUUGGUUUUGCUAAUGCAGCUUUACUUUGCUUUAUUCCACUGCAAUAAUGUGUGUAUUAACAAAGUGAAAAGAACUAUAAGUAUUGUGUUAAAUCCAAUACAAGUACCAUUUUUUCAGUUCUUUUCCAUCUGUUAAAACACUUGUUACACUGAAAUAAGGUCAUUGUUAAGUCUUACCUGUUCUGUUUUAAAUGAAUAUAUUUGCACAUCAGUGUGUUUUUAUCUAUUGGGGAUCAUUUUUAUUCUUAGUUGUAAUUUAAACAUUGCCUAAAUUCCUCGUUUUUUUAGCAGGUCAUUUUUAUCUUAAAUUAACAAUAUAAUUAAAAAUGUAAACAUUAAAGUGUCAAGUCUUUAAAUAAUAUAAAUAACCUUUUUUCAUGUUGUCUCUCUUCCUCCUUGUGAGAGUUCGAUGAGAAGAUGUUAAAUAUGAAGCUACAGCCACAAGUUGGUUAGCUUAGCAUAAAGGCUUGAAACAGGGAAACCGCUAGCUUUAAUAUGUCUGAAAGUUUAAAAAAAUCUCACAGAAUAAUACAUUCUAUUUGAUUUUUUGGUUUAAAGUGUUAAUUAGUGAGCUUGAGAGGUGCUGGUGGAUUUUACUUUUAGACAUAGCAAAGCUGUUUCCAGUCGUUCUGUUGAGCUAAGCUAAUCUAUUGCAGCUGGCUAUAUAAAUUUAACAGAGUUCUAUCCAUCUUCUCAUUCUGCUAUCUGUAAGAAAAAGAAAAUAAGGGUAUUUUCCAAAACUAUUCCUUUAGGUAAUUCAAGUGUUAUCAUAGAACCGACUGCAGUUCUUGGCAAGACCCGCCUCUCAGUAGCAUUUGCGCACUAUGAUUGGCCAGGUGUCCAUGCUUGCUCAAGGUAUCUAUCUCCUGACCAAUCGGCUAUCCUAACCUUAACUACUCUAGGUUAAUGCCUAACCCCAACCUGCUUCGUAGGGCGAACCAUAAUAACACAUAUUUCAUACAUCAAAUCUUGGCUUUAAAAGUGAGAAAAGUUGACUCCAAAACAUAGACAUUAGGUGUAAAUGGGCUUUUUUGUUUGUCACUGUUUCAGUGAGGUUGAUAUCAUGAUCAUUUUCACUACAUUCAGUUUGAGUUAUGAAUCAAUAUUAGUCUUAACUUGUCAUUUAGUGUCAUUUUUAACACGUGUCUGAUUUGAACAAACUAUGAGUAGUCUAAAGCAGAACCUGUUGAAAAUGACUUUUACCUUUUGUUUGUUUUGGUUACAUACACUUUUUUUUCCAUGCACAUUAAACGCUGCUUUGCUUUAAAUCACUUGUUUAAAGGGAUGAUAUCAGUAACCAAUACAUAGAAAACAGACUCCUUUUGUAUUAAAUAAAUACAUAUGUUGUCUACAUGGCCCUUCAAAGCCAAAGAGUAGCGAUCUAGUGUUGAUACAGAGGAGGUUUGUGUGACCUUUUGACUUUCAAAACACAAAUACAGAUCUUUGCAAGCAUCAAGAAAUUAUUUUACACAUAUGUAUGUAAACGGUGUCUUUUAAUGUGUUUUAUUUGUGUUUUGCAGCUGUCUUGACUUUGAUUUUGUAAGAAUCCCACUGUGUAUGUAAGACAUUGGACUAGAGAGCUUCUCUGGACGGUGGUUUGUUGUCUCUGUCAUGUUAAUUUAUCUUGUGCCUUAAGAUUCAUACGACCAUGUAUAAAAAGAACCAAGACAAUGCUCCAACAGUUUCUUAUGUUUCAGAAGGUCUCCUAAAUGUCUUUUAUUAAAACAAAUAAAGAGCUUUAGCUGGCUAUAGCAGCAUGAAGCUGUGCAGCACUGUGA